AUGUACACGGCGUCGACUGAUAAGCCCAUGUCAAUUGAUUUCGUCCAGCUCUCCAUGGAUACUAGGAGGUUGGUCAGACAGGAUCGACCCCUUCGAAAUCCAUGCUGAUGAAGACUGAGCAAGUUGAUUUCUUCGAGGUGCCGCAUCAGCUCCGUUGUUAUUACUCUUUCCAUCAACUUGCAACAGAUGCUAGUGAGACUCACUGGUCUGAAACUAUUUGGGGCUGUUCUCUCGCCAUCUUUAUAAAUGGAGCUUAUAAUUGAUUUCUUCCAGUCGGUAGGCAAAGCCCCGUUCUCCAUCGAAGUUUUGAAGAUCUUGGAUAACGGAGAGGCCAGUUGGUCUGAGAGUUCAUUCAAGACUUUUGCGAACACGCCGUCCGGACCAGGGGAUUUAGUGGGCUGUAGUUGACUCAAAGGUUUCCUUACCGUGUCUGUUGUGAAGUCCACCGUGUUAAUUGUACUGUCUGUUUUGACAAUUUGGGGGUAAACUCUUUCAUCAAAAGCCGGCUCCUCAGUAUACACAGACGUGAAGAAGUCGGACAACCCAUUCGCCUUAUCUGAGUUGUCAGACUGCGUAUUGCCCCGGCGAUCUUUAUGCAGGGACUGCAGUCCCGGUUGCGUUUUGCGUUAUUCACGUAUCCAAAGAACUUUUUGAAUUUUGCGGGAUAUUUUUUAAAAGUUUUGACUCAAAUUGUGCCCGUUGCCUCCUCAACAGAUUCCGACAUACAUUCUUCUGUGUUUUGAAGUCAGCGCAAUGCUCUGGUUGCUGACAUCUGGCGUACUUUUUCCAAAGUCUCCCUUUUCAAUUUAAGAUUCUUCUUCAUUUUUGACGUCAUCCACUCUGGUCGGGAUGUGCGCGUCUUCCUCUUCAGUGGGCAACAGCUCUCUACCAACUGCUGCAUUAUGUUCUUGAAGAAGAGCCAAUCGCUUUCUGGCUCAGGUCCUUGUGCUGCAUUCCAGUUCACCUUCUGUAGCAGAUUUUUCAUUGGGAAAUCAUCGCCUUUUCAUACAUUUCUUUCCUCGGCUGUUCGAAGUUUGGGUGCGGAAAAAUGACUAUGCUCCCAAACAAUAACGCAUUGGUCACUUCGGCCACGGGGGGGGGGGUGCGAUUCCAAUCCGAGAAUGCAACUAUCAUCCCUAGUGAUGAUUAGGUCCAAACAACUGUACUGCUGCCCAUCUCUGAAUCGAGUGUCCACUUUAACAUGUAGGGUAAGGAACUCAGUUGUGAUCAGUUGCAUAAAUUUCUGUUCAAAGGAGUAUUCUGAUCGCGUGCAGUGCAUCAAAUCCCACUCUAUGCCUGGACAGUUGAAGUCACUAAGGAGCAUUAUGUGUUUGCUUCGACAAAUUUCUUUUAUCUCGGUGAUAAGUGCAUCGUCCGCAUCCGUUCGCUGGCUUGGCGGUCUGUAAACCAGGGCCAUAUGGAGGCUUGAAUGGUUCGGCAGCUUCAAGUAACAACUGAGUAUUUCACAAUCAAUGUGCCGAAAUGGGGAAGACUCAACCCUGACGUAGUCGAUGCCAUCUCGCAUAAAUAUCGCAAUCCCCCCACCCCUUCGUUCGUUUCUGUCCAUUCGGAGAAUCUGGAAACCAUCUAGCAUCUAGCAUCUUCUAUCUGCGCAUUUAACCAUGUUUCUGUUAAAGCUAUCAAGUCGGGUUGGAAAUGGGCCACAGUGAGUUUUAUUUCAUCCAAUUUGUUGAAAAAACUCUGCACAUUUGUGUACAUCAUUUUUAUGUUAUUCGGCUGUUUAGGUCUCUGGAAAUUGUUUGCUGGUGCUUUUGACUGAUAGUUAUUAGUGCAUAUUUCACAUGGCGUACCAAGUCCACUAGUCGAUUUAGAAUUUACUGAAGUUUCUCGGAACCGAGCGCCGGUGCUGUUACCGUCAACGUCACCGGAUGAUUCCACAAGAAGGCACGUUCUUUUUUUACAAUUUGGUUGUUUGCUAUUUUCAGAUUUACUUCGCCCUCUUUCUGACGUUUUCUCUGUUUUAUUACAGCCGAGGCAGCGCUGAGGACAGAGGCAUUUCAUACAAGAGCUUGACUGUCCGGUUGCUUGAUUUUUUAAUGUUACAUUUACGCGUCUACUGUUUUUUUCUUGUCAUUCUCAGUCAGGCUUAUGUGAACUCGUUAUUCAUAGGCCGCUGGUCGUGAGUAUAAUGCUCUUGGCAUGGACGCACGGAUGAUAUGGCGUCAAUACUUUUAUGGUCAAGUAGACUUGUGCGGCAUCUAUUACAUUUUUUUCUUCCUCACAAACUCUGUCCCUACAACAAAAUAGAAACUAGAAAACAGGAAAUGGGUGCGGACUCAGUGACUAAGAGUCAGACAACCGACCUACGCGUGCCAUUCACGCCCCGAUCACUUGUACGCAUGUAUUAUGAUGCAACAAGGGGGGGGGGUCGUAUCCCAUACGGGUAAAAUCAACAUAAAACGCACGCUAGGAAUGAACCAUGAGAGUUUGACUCUCACUUCUGGGAUGGUUUACGUUGUACAGUCAGGCCAAAAUGAUCUGAGCCACCACUAUCUGGGCGUGAAAUUUAUUUCGGCGAGGAGUGUGCUGGUUUCGCUUAAGGAUAGGUCCUCAAGUGUUUCAUUAUCUCCUUCUCUUCCUAAUGUACUAGCCGACUAUCCGAUCCUAUGUAUCAACUGCCAUAGAGACUGGGUGUAUUAAUUGACGUUGCGUUACGGCUGUUUUUAGGGCGUACGAUACAGGAACUGCUCUUUACCUAAUGGAUCUGACUAAACCAAAUGUUAUGUUUUUCAACUGAUUGACAUAUGCAUGAUCUGAGGUGCAAUAUUUCGCUCGUCACACCGCAUAUGGUAGAGGCGAAUCUCAUAGUACGGUAAACUCAGGAAAGCUGUUGUGCAUGCACUUGUUGCGGAGUAGGUUAGUGUGCGGUAUAUCGUGGAUAUGUGUGUGUGUGCCCACCAAACGGGCUUCUUGGUGAAUGCGCUGGACCAACACGGCGAUCAUAUGGGACUGCGCACCAUAACAAAAGCCAACAGUUCGGGAUGCGGUGGCAGACCCACUUGUCGGCAGUCGUCGCACACACUGGGAUCCCUGCCAUGCCCAAUUGUUGUUGUUGAUAAAAAACCUGGUUAUUUUGCUGUGUGGAGCAGGGACUGUGGAGUGGAACGUCAAGGUGCUGUUCGACCGCGCCAUCCAUCUGCGCGCUCCCCCAACUCUGGUCUUCUUGACUCUGUUUUGGCAUCGGGUUUAGUUGGGGGAGGUGCGAAUGCGGUAGGUGCGGCGAAAGUCUACUAUCACCAUAAGCUAAUUCACGCGCAUGUCACCGUCCCUGUUCCACCUUUCAGUGAAGCACACGAUGAGCAUCGUCGAACUCAGCUGUCAAACAAUCGGGGUGUAGGGAUGUCCAGCGGUGGCUUUACGUGACGGUCGAAGCAGGUCGCUCACCUGCUUGCAGUUGCAGACUACGCCUAGCGUCCAAAUGCUGGCACACAACUCUCGCCCGUGGCUCCCCAUAACUAGGUUUUGGCUGGUGGUCAUACCCCAGUAACCGCCCCGAGCGGCGGGCUAAAGCAGGCGAGGGGGUCCGUGUGUGCAUCUGCGCGCACGGUAAUGGUGACUUUAACGUCCGCGUCGGCACAGACCAUGCUGCCUGCAGAGGAGUGCUGGGUCCCCCUGGUCCCAGCGGCUUCAAUGACAACGACCUGUUUCUUCUACGAACCUGCGUAGAACACCGACUCAUCCUGACCGACACCUUCUUCCGUCUAGCGAUGCGAGAGAAGGCCACCUGGAUGCAUCGUCGGUCGCGUCGGUGGCACCUGCUGGAUUAUGUCCGGAGGCGGGACCAACGGGACGUGCUGGUGACAAAGACGAUCCCGUGGGUCGACGGGCGGACCGACCAUCGCCUCGUCAUCUCGCGGAUGCGGAUUCGCUUACAGCCUCGCAGGAGACCUCAAGGUAAGCGACUCCCAGGUAAGAUGGAAGUUGCCUUGUUGUCCCUGCCUGAUCGCCUUCAUCAUUUAUGCAACGAGCUGGCUCAACGACUAGACAACCUACCAGUCGCUGAUGCCGCCGUCGCCGCCGCUGACGAGAACGCCUCCGUGGAGAUCCGUGCCCCGAGUUCUUAAGGAUCUGCGUUUAUCAUACUCCAGGAACCUUAAUCUUUCGGAGCACUGCGCCCUGAUAAUCCCCAGAACACGUAGAACAACCAACGAUAUUAGAAUGCGCCUUUAUAACAUGUACGUUAGAACUGGCCCGGAAUACUGUUCGUUUUUAUUUAGCCUCAGGCGUGCUGCUGAGUGGGAGAAAAUAGAAUCCGUCCAGCAUUUUUUUACCAAGACAGUUUUAACCCCGGAACACCACAGUUUGUCGUACCAAGUACGUUGCCGACUUACAGGCCUUGAUUCAGCGUGGUUUCGUAGAUUACAAAAGGGACUAUUUGGCCAUUUGAGCUGUCAUAUAAUCGCACCUUUAAUCCACUCACUACUUUAAGACAUCUUGUCCACCCUCGAGGUAACGGUCACUGUGAGAUCUUUCUAUUUCUUCCUUUGGUUUUUACUGUUAAAUAUCGUAGGCUCUUUUCUGCAAACAUAAUUGUUAUUUGGAAUAAAUUAUCUAGGAAUGUGAAAACUCUACAAAACUAUCCUUUGUUUAAGAGAACUCCUACUCGAUUUUUGCAUUCAGAGAAACUCCCACAAAUUUUGGGUGCUGAAUCCAUUGAUCGAAUGUACCGUGGUGAUGGCGUUCGUGAUCCCUGAUCCCUUCGGCCGGUCUCACCAGGGACAAUUUCUCUGGCCAACAGUGACGGCUCUUCUUCGGCGCUUCUGUUUGGACUAGCCCCAACUUCAUGAAAAGAAAUGGCGACGGAUAAUAUCCGAUGCCGUGCAACCCCUCUCUUCUUGACGGUCGACAGUUUGCCGUCAGCAGUUUUUUUUCUCCAGAACCUCCCAAACCAUAAAAACCACCAUCAACUAUAUUUUUAUUCCUUUUCCACAGGAGCUUUUCACUGCUGGCCGGAUUUGUGUUUAAAGUUUGCCCGACAAUGCGUGUAAACCGUCAUCAACUAUAAUGAUGAUAAUAAUAAUUAUUAUUAUAGUGUCAACUGCGGGCUGCAGUACAGGCGGCAGCUUUGGCUGUCCUCGGUCGCGCACGCUGCCAACACCAGGAUUGGUUCGACGACAACGAUGCCACUAUUAGCAAACUGCUCGCCAUGAAGAGCCGCCUGCACUAAGACUACGUCCACCGCCCCACCGACGACAACAAAGCUGCCUUCAACCCUAGUCGCCACCUUGUGCAACAGCGGUUUCUUGAGACACAGGACGUCUGGGCGGCCCGCAAGGAAGAGGAGAUUCAAGGGUAUGCGGACCGCAACGAAUGGAAGAACUUCUUCUCCGCGAUCAAGGCCGUCUACGGUCCACCAAACAAAGGUACUACACCUCUUCUCAGCGCCGGCGGCAGCACCCUACUUACCGAGAAAGCACAAAUUCUACGAAGGUGGGCCGAACACUUUCGAGACGCCCUCAACCAUCGCUUCACCAUUUUUGACGCUGUCAUCGCCCGUCUGCCGCAAGUGGAGGCCAACGCUUACCUCGACCUCUUGCCCUCUCUCUACGAAAUCAUCAGGGCCGUGCAGCAGCUCUCCAGCGGGAAGGCACCCAGAUCGGACGUGAUCCCUGCUGCGAUCUACAAUCACGGUGUUUCCCAACUCAGGGAUCAUCUGACGGCGCUCUUUCAGGAGAUGUGGCGUCAGGGAGAAGUCUCACAGGUUUUUAAGGACGCUACAAUCGUGCAUAUACACAAACGGAAAGAAAACCAUCAAAUCUGCGAAAACCAUUGAGGCAUCUCCGUGCUCAUCAUCGCCGGAAAAAUUUUCGAUCAUAUCCUUGUCAAUCGUCUAGACAAACAACUAGAACAAGGUCUCCUUUCGGAAAUCCAGUGCGGCUUCCAUCAUCGUCGUAAAACCACGGACAUGAUCUUUUCCGCCUGUCAACUGCGGAAGAAGUGCCAGGACAUGUGGAUCCAUCUGUAACUGCCUUCGUGGAUCUGACAAAAGACAUCGACACGGUGAACCGUGACGGACUGUGGGAAAUUAUGCAGAAAUUCGGCUGUCAGAUGGUGCGUCAGCUCCAAGUUGGCACGAUGACGCGCGUCACGGCUAACAGAGCUGUCUCAGAGGCAUUCGCAGUGCCUAACGGAAUGGAGCAUGACUGCGUCAUUGCGACUACUCUCUUUAGUCUUAUGUUAUCUGUCAUGCUGAUAAAUGCCUAUCGUGACGAACGUCCCGUGAUCCGCAUCACCUGCAGGACGGACGGCCACCACCUCAACUACAGGCGGACACACUUCCAGUCGCGUGUAUCCAUAACCGCCGUCCACGAACUUAUCUUAGCCGAAAGGGACAUGCAAAGGAGCUUCGGUAUGAUCAUCGAAACGGAGGGGACGGUGGUCAAGCACCAACCACCACCGAGCACUGCCCACAAUGGGCCGCAAAUCAGCGUGAGCGGAACCGAAAUACAAGUGGUGUACAACCACACAUAUCUGGCACCACCAUCUCCCGCAGCACCAAAAUCGACGACAGAGUUGCCCGCCGCAUUUUCAAAGCCAACCAUGCCCUCCGCCGUCUGCAAAACACUGUCCGGAACCGUCACUGUCUCCAUCUCAACACGAAGCUGAGGAUUUAUAUGGCAGUCAUCUUGCCGACGCUGUUGUACGGAACAGGGACUUGGACGGAGAACAAGAAGCAGGCGCGGAGACUCAAUUAAACCUACCUCAGCUCUCUUCGGCGGAUACUAGAGCUGAGGUGGAAGGACUGGAUCCCGACACUGACGUUCUAGAGCGGACAGGAAUCUUUUGCAUCUACGCCAUGCCCAGACAACUGCCACUGCGUUGGAGCGGCCACCUCGUGCGGAUGGACAACUAGCGGACACCUAAACGAGUCUUCCAUGGGAAUGUCGCAGUGGGUUCACGUCGCCAAGGGGGCCAAAUCCGUCGAUACCAGGUCAUUCUGAAGACCUCGCUGAAGCGUCUGCAGAUCAUCUCGCCAACUGGGAAGACCUCGCUCGAGAGCGACCGACCUGGAGGAGGACAGUGAAGACAGGUGGAGCGGUCUACGAGGCAAACUGCGUCGCCGCCGUGAAGGCCAAACGAGAAUCCCGCAAACCUCAGCUGCGCCCACCUUGCAACACAAACGCCCAAGCGCCUCCUACGUGUCUACGGUGUAAGCGGACAUUCCGGACGCCAAUUGGAUUUGUUGGGCACCUUCGGACCAACUGCAGCACCCGGACUACACCAACCGUCUUCUGUCCGUCCACAGCUUCCUCGGCUCCUACGCCAUCAACUAACUCUGACUGCCCUCCCGAGCCACCACUUCCAUUCUUCCCCUCCUCCUCCUCCUCCUCCUCCUCCUCCUCCUCCUCCCACUGCCUCAACGUCUGCAGUUUUGUCGUAUGCCACGCACAUCAACAUGAUACACAACUCUGACACACCAACAAACAUCAACACCACCACCGUCGACACAAGUGGGGACCUCGUCUACACCUGCUGUCAUUGCGACCACACCUUCACCUCACACAUCGGCCUGGUCAGUCACUGA